AUGUGUGUUCCGUCCGCUUCCCCCCCCCCCCCCACAUGCGAGUUCCUGCCUGGAUCACAACUCCUAGCCAAUCGUCAGCAGAUGGACAAGGACGGCGUCGACACCACAGCCCUGGCCUUUGACAGCCUAUGGCGAGAUGAUGUCGUCAUCUUCGACUAUCGAACUGUUCACCGUGGCGUUGCUAACCGCCAUGCCUCGAAGUACCGGCCUCUCAUGUACCAGGUGUACACGAAAGAAUGGUUCAAGGACUUGGUUAACUUUGGCACCGAGUCGCUCCAUGAUGCGCCCGCGGACUCUAAAUAG